CAAGUUGUGCCUAAAUGAGUUUCAAUUCAUCAGGGCUGCAUGGAACGACUACCGCAAAUGAGCACAAGAAGUUUAAGGGAGUUCGGCGACGAAAAUGGGGCAAAUGGGUAUCGGAGAUUCGUGUGCCUGGCACGCAAGAACGCCUCUGGUUGGGUACAUAUGCCACACCGGAGGCUGCAGCUGUGGCUCACGACGUAGCUGUGUAUUGUCUGAGGAGUCCUUCGAAGUUGGACAGACUUAACUUCCCUGAGACUUUGUCUUACUAUUGUGUUCAGCAAAGGGACAUGUCUCCCAGGUCUGUUCAGAAGGUGGCUUCGGAUGCUGGCAUGGAUGUUGAUGCCCGCAACAUUGCUGGCAAAACAUCACCGGUGGCAGAAACUUACGAAAAUGAAAAGAAAACUGAUACUGAUCAUUCUCUUGAUGUGUUUUGGUGGGAAGGUUUAGGGGAUGACUGUGGGACUUGGCAAGGAACUGAAGAUUAUAGAGAAGGGGAGGCCUUGAGCAUUUCCAUUGAAGAUUAUCUUUAGGCGUUCAAGUUUUUUUUUUUAAGUUUCUCAUCGAGUUCAUUUUUCCGACUAA